CCCAAUGCAAAUGUUAAAGGAAAAGACACGCCCCGUUGCUACGUAUCUGAGUUAUUUUUCCGGUGCAAGCUACAUAGCAAACCGACCUGCUAGCGAAACCACGAGUAAAAGUAGCAAGAUACGCGUGUAAUUCAGAGCCCCUUGGAGAAAUCAUGUCUCACACCAUUCUGCUCGUGCAGCCCACCAAGAGACCAGAGGGCCGUACCUAUGCAGACUACGAAUCAGUUAAUGAGUGCAUGGAAGGUGUGUGCAAGAUGUACGAGGAGCACCUGAAGAGAAUGAACCCCAGCAGUCCCUCCAUAACAUAUGAUAUCAGCCAGCUGUUUGAUUUUAUUGACGACCUGGCUGACCUCAGCUGUUUGGUGUACCGUACCGACACACAGACCUACCAGCCCUACAACAAGGACUGGAUCAAGGAGAAGAUCUACGUCCUUCUGCGUCGCCAGGCCCAGCAGUCUGGAAAAUGAGACCUGGAGCUCCACCAUGCGUGCGUGUGUGUGGGGGGCGGGGGGGGGGGGGGUGAAAGGGG